UAGAUAGGAACGAGAAUCUCUCGUUCUCACCCAUCCAACAAGGUACACUGUACUUCUCGAUGGAACGCGGUUUUGCGAAAGAGUACAAAGACAUGAAAGCCCCUACGUCCUUUUUUAAAUUCACAUCAAACGCUAUCUUUCUUCAAACACAUAAGAUCUGGCCGAAACCCUAAAACCCCCUUUUUCACGCAUCGAAACCCUAAUUUUCGAUCCGUCAACUUUUGCCCCCCAGAAACACAUACCGCACACUCUCACUUUCUCCAAUUUUUCUCCAUCCGAUUAUUUCUUUGUUCUUCAUCCGCGGUUUUCUACCAUCUCCAGGGUUAGAAUAUUAAAAUUACAAGAAGCAUUUGACCUUGUUAAGUUGCAAGUGCAAUGGCUUCUUCCUUGGAUAUGUCACUUGAUGACAGAAUUAAGAACAGGAGUAACAGAGGCAGAGGACGUGGCAGAGCCCGUUCAGGCCGUGGAAGUGGGACUCUUGGUGGUGGAAGAAUAACUGGUGCUGUUAAUGGUAGAAGACUGACUGGUCCUGGUAACGGUGGAAGAACAACUGGUGCUGUUCGCAGGGGUCCACUUAUGGUCAACACUCGCCCAUCAUCUUUUGCUAUUGCCAAGUCUAUUCGCAGAACCAAGCCUUUCCCGAUGCAGAAUGAUUUGUUUGAGGAUAGCCUUAGAGCUGCAGGAAUUCAAGGAGUAGAAGCCGACACAAAGUUGUAUGUUUCCAACUUGGACCGUGGAGUAACCAAUGAAGAUAUACGGGAACUUUUCUCUGAGCUUGGAGACUUGAAGCGCUAUGCUGUUCAUUAUGACAAAAAUGGACACCCAACUGGUUCAGCUGAAGUAGUCUAUAAUAGGAGAAGUGAUGCAUUUGCUGCUCUCAAACGAUAUAACAAUGUACUUUUGGAUGGAAAGCCGAUGAAGAUUGAGAUUGUUGGAACAAAUUCAGAAUUACCCAUAACCGCACGGGUCAAUGUCACUGGGAUAAAUGGACAGAGGAAGAGGACAGUUGUGAUGACGCCUAGAGGUGGUCAAGCUGGAGGUCCUGCCAUGCUAAAUCGCGGUUCUGGUUGGGGACGCCAUGCUGGCUCAAGGAUUGGUAGUGGACGCGGCCGAGGCCGUGGUCGUGUUGCCAGGGGUGGAGGUCGAGGUCUUGGCAGAGGUGGAGGUCGUGGUCGUGGAAGAAAGGAUGCAGUUGAAAAGUCAGCUGAGGAACUUGACAAAGAGCUGGAGACCUAUCAUGCUGAGGCUAUGAAUAUCUCAUAAUAUUCGAAUCAGCAAGUUUUUAGUCUAAAUUAACUAUUGGCUUCCUUGUACAGAAGCUGUUUUUCCGUGGUGUUACACCUUGAAUGCUUUACUUGGCUGUGCUGUUAAAUAUGCCGUGACGGAAUUGAAAUUUAGGUGCUGAAUGAUUUAUUGUCUUAUUUGAAGUUAUACAGUAGCUGUUUUAUGCUUCUGUUUUCUGAAAAUUAUUCCUUUUGUUUGAAGGGUAA